UGCGCACAUAUGCGCUUUACGGAACGCAGCCACAAAAUACACGGGAGUUGAUCAGCCCUGGCUUCUCUCUGUACAUACACUCACACCACGCGCGCACACAUACAUACGCAUGCAUGCACCACGCAUCGUUGACAGUAUUUUCGCAAGCGCAGUGCUGUUAAUUUGACAGUUUUGCUAGUUUCGCUCGUAAUAUAUUGCAAAUUCGACCGAGACUGACGUCUCUUUUCUUUAACAGCAUGUAUUGCUUUAAAGAACAACAAUAUGUUGACGUUUGAUACAAGUUACACAAUCCGUUUACUUGGCAAAAUCGCGAUGUAUUGGCUGACGUUUACGGUGUGACAUGUGUAGGGUGCAAAGUGAUAACAAUAGAUUAUAAAAAUGGUAUUUGGAUUUGAAAAAUGGCUGAGUGUUAGAUUUCACUCAAAAGUGUAAUCCAAAUUUCAAGUGCCACAGUUAUGUAUGUGCAAAUACUAGUAAUUUGCGGAAGAAGAUUUGGAUUUAAAUAUUGGAAAAUGCUUGUAAUGGAUGCUUGUAUACAAGAAAGAUAAAUAAUUGAAUAAGAUUUGCUGUGACAAAUAAUAGAGAUCAACAAAUAACAAUUAUUUAGUUUUGAAGCAUUUGUAUCAAUUGCUCGAUAUUAUGUCAGGAACUGGGUCUAUCAUAUCGCAAGCCAUUGCUCAUCUGCCAGAGAAAGAACAUGGAUUUGUCCCAACUGUAGACUAUUCUAGUAUCAGAGGAAAGAAUGUCUUAGUCAGCCCAUCUGAGGAUCAAUAUGAGCUAUUGUUGAGAAGGUUGAAUGAAAGGAUUCAGGAUGGAGGCAGCGAGACAAUUUUUGAUAUUGGUAUUGCUGAAGAUGGUUCCGAGGAUGGCUUAAAGGAAGAUGAGUAUGAAGCAUCGGUUGCUACUUUACAGUCUCUCGCUGCAACACUGGAAGCAGAUUGUGUGCUUCUACGGCAAAGUAAAGUGGAUCAUGGUCUUACGGGACAGUAUCUAGUGAGAAGACGUCUAGAUCAGCAAGAUUUCUUAGAGAUCAGAGUUGCUGUCGUUGGUAACGUGGAUGCUGGUAAAUCAACGUUAUUAGGAGUACUGACUCAUGGCGAACUCGACAAUGGACGAGGCCUGGCACGUCAAAAAUUAUUUCGUCAUAAACAUGAAGCCGAAACAGGACGGACUAGUUCUGUCGGGAAUGAUAUACUUGGAUUCGAUAGCGUCGGUAACGUAGUUAACAAACCCGAACAUGGAUCACUAGAUUGGGUAAAAAUAUGUGAAAAGUCCUCGAAAGUAAUUACAUUCAUCGAUCUCGCCGGCCAUGAGAGAUAUUUGAAGACAACUGUCUUUGGAAUGACUGGACAUGCUCCAGACUUUGGUAUGCUGAUGAUCGGAGCAAACGCCGGUAUUGUAGGAAUGACUAAGGAACACUUGGGCCUUGCUUUAGCAUUAUCCGUACCGGUAUUCGUUGUUGUAACAAAAAUCGAUAUGUGUCCACCGAAUGUCUUACAGGAAAAUCUGAAGCUAUUGAUAAGGAUCCUGAAAUCGCCUGGCUGUAGGAAAGUCCCAGUUACAGUAAAGACAUCUGAUGAUGUGGUAGUCAGCGCUACUAAUUUUGUUUCAGAACGGUUGUGUCCAAUUUUUCAAGUAUCUAACGUAUCCGGAGAAAAUCUAAAUCUUCUCAAGAUGUUUCUUAAUUUGCUAACUGCAAGAAUUACUAGUCAUGAUGAUGAACCUGCUGAGUUUCAAAUUGAUGACACAUACUCUGUACCAGGUGUCGGUACAGUGGUGUCUGGUACAACUUUGAAAGGUAUUAUAAAAUUAAAUGAUACUUUACUAUUAGGACCUGAUCCGCUAGGCCGUUUCACACCUAUAGCAGUCAAAAGCAUCCAUCGAAAAAGAAUGCCUGUCCGCGAGGUGAGAGGUGGACAAACAGCUAGUUUCGCCCUAAAAAAGAUCAAACGAUCGCACAUUCGUAAAGGCAUGGUAAUGGUCGCACCUGCGCUUAAUCCACAAGCCUGUUGGGAAUUCGAGGGUGAAAUUUUGGUACUGCAUCAUCCUACAACAAUUAGCUCACGCUAUCAGGCAAUGGUACAUUGUGGCAGCAUAAGACAAACUGCUUCUAUAUUGUCCAUGUCCCAGGAUUGUUUGAGAACAGGCGAUAAAGCUUUAGUGCACUUUAGAUUUAUUAAACACCCUGAGUACAUAAAACCUGGACAGAGAAUGGUGUUUAGAGAGGGUCGUACUAAAGCAGUAGGAAAUGUAGUGAAUCUUAUAUCACAUUCGAAUAAUACAACCACACAGGCAUCCAGAAAUAAUAAACCGAAUAAAACAUCGCAGGGUCGGCAGAACACAAACAUGCAGACAUCGGAAAUAACUGAAGCCGACUCGAUGAUCGAAGCGCAAACGGCCAAACAAGAAAAUGUUCCGCAAAGAUCUGGAUUAAAUCAGAACAAAAAAGGCAGAGGUCGAAAAGGAGGACGAUCUCAUAAUGCUAUCAACAGUAUUCAGCCUUUAGCAGAACAAAAUCCUGCAAAAGUAUGAGAGCUAUCAAUGUACAAAGAACAUAAUAUCAAUGCUCUUAUAACUUUCUACUGCGUACAAGUUUCUCAAAGUGAUACAACGCAAAAUUGUAAAAUUCUUUUUUCCAAAAGUAAGAAAAAAAUACUUUAAAAAGAAUAUACAAACAUAUAUAUUGUGCUAUAAAUUAGAGUACAAACACUCUUUCACAUUUCGACUUAUUAAUUACAUCAAAAAGAUAUUCUUUUAAAAAUAUGACAAGAUACAAUAACGAUAUUUAUGAAUCAUUUUAUUUUUCUAAGAGACAUAUAUGUCUUACAUCAGUGUUAUAUACAGAUUAAAAAAGCAUUAUACGGAGCAUAUGCACAUUAGAGUGGAACGAAAAAAAUGAAUUUUGAGAUAUCGUUUUACAACUUAGAGAAAAGUUGUCUCUCGUAUGCAGUAAACUACGUGCAAAAUUUGAGCGAAAUCGGACAACACUCUCGCCACAAAACAGUUGUGUAUGUGCACGCGCGCGUGUGUGUAAUAUAAAAUUGACCGUUUUGGGGCGAGAUUACUGCAUAUGAGAGGCAACUUUUCCCGAAGUUGCAAAACGAUAUUUUAAAAUUUUUGUUUCGUUCUAUUUUUAUACUAUAGAUAAAACUGACCGUUUUGAAACGAAAGAUAUUGUCCGAUUUCGCUCAAAUUUUGUACAUAGUUUACUGCAUAUGAGAGGCAACUUUUCCCUAAGUUGUAAAAUAAUAUUUCAAAAUUCACUUUUUUCAUUUCACCCUAAUGCACAUGUACCUCAGUUUCGAAGGUAUAAACCAUAUGCAAUGGAUUCAUACAAGAGAGCGUGAACAGAUCUUUUUUUUGUCUUCUGAAUUUAAUAGUAAUAUAUGAAAUAUGAUGGAUGCUAUAUUCUUUAUUGUAACAAUAUAUAUCUACAUUUAAAUCCAUAUUGUAUAAGAUUUCUAUAAAGAAGAAUAUAUGAAUUCUGUCACCUUUGUCCAUUUUCAAUGCAAUACAUUUUACACUGGAAUCUUAAACAGAGAUGUAUAAUAUUCCAAAUAUAAGAAAAAAAUUUCUUACUGUGUGUUAGACAUAUCUAUUCCUUAAUAAAUAAUUUACUUGUUUCAGAAUAUAUAUUUUUUUAAUUCGUCAUUACACAAUAAUUGAGCAAUUAAUUUAAAUAUAAUUUUAUUCAAUGUAUUGUGAUCAGAAAUAAAUUAACACAUGCCAUAUUGCCAAUCCGAAA